AUGGAAGUUUAUAAUGGACACGUGUUAACGCUGGCAAAUAGCAUAAUCGGCGUCAGCAUCUUGGCAAUGCCUUAUUGCUUUAAAAAAUGUGGUAUCUUCCUAGCUAUAAUUAUGCUUUUACUAAGUAAUUUAAUAUCAAGAUUAUCAUGCCACUUUCUCAUCAAAUCGGCCAUCAUAGCACGAAGGAAACAUUUCGAAUAUUUAGCCUAUCACAUAUUUGGAAGUUUUGGCAAGUUCGCCAUAGAAGUUGGAAUGAUCGGGUUUCUAGUAGGUACGUGUAUAGCAUUCUUUGUUGUCAUGGGGGACCUAGGACCAGCUAUUAUAUCGGAAAUAACUGGACAUGAAACAAGCAGCACAAUGAGAUCCUCUAUUUUAUUAGCUGUAGCUUUAUUUUGUGUGUUACCAUUAGGUCUUUUAAAAAAUGUGGAUAGUUUAAGUGGAGUCUCAAAGGCCACUAUUGGUUUCUAUAUCUGCCUAGUAGUAAAAAUUGUAAUUGAUGCUAUGCCUCGAAUUUUUCAAGGAGAUUGGAUAACUGAAGUAGUAUUUUGGAAACCUGAAGGUGUAAUACAAUGUUUACCAAUAUUUUCUAUGGCACUAUCAUGCCAAACUCAAUUAUUUGAAAUCUACCAAGUUAUUAAUAAUCCUAGCUUAGAAAAAAUGAAUCAUGUUAUCAAAAAUGCUGUUAAUAUAUGCACUAUAGUUUAUUUUUUUGUAGGAUUUUUUGGCUAUGUAGCUUUUGCAAACACAAAUUUCACUGGUAAUAUAUUGUUAAGUUUUGAUGCAUCAUUGUUAACUAAUGUUAUAAAGUUAGGAUUUAUAUUAUCAAUUGCCUUCAGUUUUCCGCUAGUGAUAUUUCCUUGUAGGGCCAGUGCACAUUCUCUUAUUUACAGGCAAGGUAUUACCUUACAUGAAAAUGUAAAUGAUUAUAUUCCAGAAGGGAGAUUCAAAGGACUGACUGUAAUAAUAGUUUUGUUUUCCUUAGUUAUUGGAAUAUUAAUUCCCAAUAUUGAAUUUGUAUUGGGAUUAGUUGGUUCUUCUAUUGGCAUAAUUAUUUGCGUUUUAUUUCCUGUUAUUUGCUUUAUUUACAUUUCACAAAAGGAUACCAAUGAAAGGCUGUUAGCUAAAGGCAUUUUAGUUAUUGGUUUAGUAUUGAUGAUUCUGGGUACUCAUGAAAAUAUACGCAGUUUAGAAAAUGCUCAAAUGUCUCCCGUAGUGCCAAAUAUAUCAGAAAAAAGAGAGUUGAAACUUGUUGAUCCUGUAGCCAAAGAUUUAAAAGUAAUUGUCGAAGAUGAAAAUAAACAUAUGACUUUGAAUCAAACAAAAGAAAACAUUGCAAAGAUAACAGUCAGUCCUGAGAUAAGACAUGAGCCACCACAACCAAUGGAGCCACAAGACUCACAGGCAAAUGAGAAAAAAAUUUCUGAUGAUAAUUUAAGCCGAGAUGUUAAAGAAGAGAACAACAAAAAAAAUAUGAAAUCUAAUAAGAAAGUUAAUGAUCCUAAAAACAAUGAAGAUGUUGAUAUUGAAGCAAUAAAAAAAGAAGAUACAGAAACUCUACUUCAAGAAAACAAAGACUCCCAUAUCAAAGAGCAUCAAAUAAUACUUGAUCAAAUUCAACAACAAAACAAGGUACAAGGAGAAUUAGUAGAACAACAAAAAAAAUUGAUUGAGGUACUCAGCAAACGAGAAGAUGAAAAGGCAAAAGAAGAAAAACUGAUAGCUGAAAUAAAAGCAGUAAAAGAAAUUGAAAGUAUCGCAUUAAAAGCGAUUGAAAAAAUAAGUGGCGAUUCAAAGGAAAAUAAGAAAAUUGUUGCAGAGCUUGAGAAAGAUGUCUUGAAAAAAGAGAAAGAAAUUGUUUUGGAAACUAUAAACAAUACGAUUAAUAAAUCUCAAAACAAAGUAAGCAUAGAAGACCUCAAACAUAAAAAUAGCUUACUUAGUGCAAGAAUAAAGCAGAAUAAUAUGACCCAAAAAAGUUUACUAAACGAAAUCAAAGUGAAAAACACAGAAAAGGAUAUUUCAAAUUCCAAAGGUAUCUAUGAAAGCUUACAAAUAGGAAUGACUAAUUCAAAUAAAACUGGAAAAGAUGAUGAUACAGUGCCGUUGCUAGUCAAUCUUGGACAGGAAACAAAAAAGACAAAUAAUUCUACCAAAAAUGUUGUUAAAAACAUGCUACCUUUACCAUUAAUUUUACAACAAAACAGUGCCAACAAUAGUGAUUUUGGCAUUCCAAAUGUAAUUGCAAAUAAAAGUAAAGAUAUUAAAAAUAAUGAGAUUGUUUCAGAUGAAGACGCAAAAGUAUUAAGAAGAGAUAUACUAACUUACAUAGAUUUAAAAAGAUAA